UUAACACAAUGUUUCGGCUGAUAUACUCUCCAGCCUUUAUCCGGUGACUUGGGGAAAUUUUGAACCUGGAUUCUCGUUCCUAAGACCAAACACAAAUAGAAGAUGAGUAGAUUACUGAACAAGAUCUUUGGCUUCUACAAAGACAUCAACCCUGCCACUUUAACAGGUUCCAUUGAUGUCAUUAUUAUUCAGCAUGAAGAUGAUACCUACAGCUGUUCUCCAUUCCACGUACGCUUUGGAAAGAUUGGUGUUCUCCAUGCAAGAGAAAAAGUGGUGGACAUCACUAUCAAUGGCAAACCCAGUGAUCUCCAUAUGAAACUAGGUGAAGCUGGUGAAGCUUUUUUUGUCCAGGAAGUAGAUGAACCAACAGAAUUCCCUCCUUAUCUAGCAACAUCUCCAAUCCAAUCAAAUGGGGCUGAAUUAAUGGAGCAAGGACUGAAGACGUUGUUACAGUCCAGUGAAAGACAAACUGACCAAGAUUCUCAUAACCUUACAGAUAUCUCUGUCAGUCCACUUGGCCAAACAUCAACAACUAGUGGACCAGAAAGCUCUCCUGAAGGAGGCACAAGUGAGAGUGAAGGUCAUGGUCUGACAAGAAAGAGAAAAAAACGCAAAAAUAUGCGUCGUAAAACUGUUACAAAGUCAGCUAAUGUCGACAAAAAACUGCGUCGAGAAGAGGAUAUAUUUGAAAUGGAGGAUGUAUCCACUGAUGAAGACUGUUUAGGAUUAAAUCAAUCUUUAAAAGACAUCACAAUUGAAGAUAAAAUGAACCGCACAGACAACUGGGCAAGCAUGCAAUACCAAUUCUCCCAUCCUUUUAGUGAUAGUGAGGCUUUGGUACAUGUUGAACCUCACGAAGAAAAUAUCAAAGAAACAAAAAGUGACACAGAGAUGGAAAGAAGCUCCACAGAAGUCCUUUCAGGAGAUGAGCCUACUUGGGAAUGGGGAGAUUUACCAAAACUUAGUGAAUCUGGAGGAACAGCAUCUCCUGGAGCAAACACAAUUACAGCUGAUGCAAAACGAGGAGAAGAAGCAGCAGGUGGAAUUUUUGGAUUUAUGAGUAGCAAACCUAAAUCACAAACUUCUGAUAAGCCUGAAGGGAUAUACUUGGAUGAAAUCAAUAAAUUAGAUGAUCCUGAAAUUGCUAAAUAUUUCCCUAAAAGAUUUUGUGCUCUCAGCCAUUUUGAAUCAAUGAAAGACAAAGAAGAAGACAAUGAAUCCGGACGAGGUCCAUCACUUCCUCAAUCUCCUCACUCUGUAGAAGGAGCAAUAGGUGGUCCAUCUCUUCCUCAGUCCCCCCACUCCGUUGAAGGGGCAAUAGGUGCUUCAGCUGUUAAUUUCUUUGAGUCUGAAGUGAAACAUCUUGGAGACGUGUCACUCUCCCUAUGUGGUGGGCUUACUGAGCCAGAUGGUGUCACCCUCGAAAAAUUCAUGCAGAAAGUCCUUACCUAUGAUGACCUUUGUGAAUCACCAUCUCUAAUUAAUAAUCCAGACCUGAUAAUCAAAAUUCAUGACCAAUUUUACAACUGGCAAACAGCUGCCCCGGUUAUUUUAUCCAUGAUCUCAUUCCAGAAGAACCUACCUUCGGCAACAGUUGAAUCCCUUGCAAAGGACUACAUGCCAAAGAAAGUUGAUAAGAAGAAAAGCAUUGGUAGUGGUGUAAGUUCUUGGUUCAAAUGGGGUCGUGGAACCACUGUACCAAUCACAUCACCUCCUCCUCCACCACCACCGCCACUACUACAGAUACCAACUGGUGUUUCCACAUCUGGAACUGAUUUCAUCUCAACCCACAGUACUUAUGUGACUGCAGCAAUGACCAGCAGUAGCAGUACCACCACCACCUCCUCAGUAGCAACUAAAAGCUCACUGCUGAAUACUCCUCUACAAUCCACAUCACCAAUUCCAUCUCCGCCAUCAUCCAUCAAGAUGACAAAUUCUGAAGAAGAUCUGCAAGAGAAGAACAUUAUAAAGACAGAAGUAACAAAUGAGACUCGGAUUCAUAUACAUUCUGAUAACAAAGAUGAAAUAAUCUCCACUGGCACAGACACAGAUAUUUCAGAACAAGAAUGUCUUCGAACUGAUUCUAACAGUCCACACCCACAACCUACUAACAGUCUCACAGUUCAGCACACAAUCACCAAUACCUCCACUAAUGACACACAAUCACCAACAGACAAAAAGAAAGAUCGCUUCAAGAAAUCUCUACGUCUCACUUCUGAAGAAAUUAGCAAACUUGGACUUCAUGAGGGCAGCAAUGAGGUAACAUUCUCUGUGACAACUCAGUAUCAAGGUACUUGCCGAUGUACAUCUCAUAUUUAUUUGUGGAAAAGCCAUGAGAAAAUCAUUAUCUCUGAUAUAGAUGGUACAAUCACAAAAUCAGAUGUAUUGGGCCACAUCUUCCCAAUUUUGGGUUUGGAAUGGUCACAAAGUGGGGUUGCAGAAUUGUUCACACGCAUUAACAACAACAGUUAUAAAUUUGUCUACCUCAGUGCCAGGGCCA